GACAAAAGAUGAUUAGGCUGUACAAAAUGAAGAAAAAUGAAGUAAUGUGCAUUUUAGUGACACAUAGUAUUAUGAAAUGAUAAAUCUGGCUAUAAAAAAAAAAAAACACUGUAAGAACACUAAAAAUAGAGAGUCGAAGAAACAGUAUCUAUUUCUAUAGAAACAUGUGAAUGUUUUUAGGAUCUCUACAGUAUAUUUUCUUACAAAAACUAAACAAAGAAAGAAUGAUUUGUAGGAAGACAAUGUGAAAUGUGAUAUAUUUACUCACAGGUUCCGGAGCUGCAAUACACAAAAACAGAAAUCUCCAUAGAUUCUGUCUUGUGAGGCAAUUAAUUUGCCCUAGCUCCAAGGCUUGGUAGUUCAUUCUUGACAGUUUGUAAAAUUUCUUCGAGAAGAAGCUUUAUAGAAGAAUCACCAUCCCUUGAACUCAAUUAAAUAUCAUAUAAUUUUCACAUUUUUCGAUACAAUGGUUCAGUCAAGGAUACAGGAAAGUGACUAUUUCUACAUGGAAAAUGAGUCAGAUGAACAGUGUGAUGUGAAAACUGUAUGAAACUAAUUUGGAAUAUCGUGGCUAAAUGAUAAAUAAGAUUUGAAGUAUGCCGGCAUAUGUGAGACAAGGUUCAAGAUAUUCACUGUUUGCUUGUACCAGACCAUCCAAUGAUGAUAUUGUCACUGAAGGACCACAUAUUUUUGAUAUAAGACAGCAGUUAUCCGAACAGUUAAAAUGUCUCGAGUCACGUCUAGAAACCCAGAUGGCCAUGGUGCAGGAAGUCCAGGAAUUCUACCGGCGGAAAGCCGACCUCGAGGCGGAAUACUCAAGAAACUUGGAAAAACUCGUAAAAAGCACCUGGGCUAGGCAUAAGCAAGAAAAACAGAAACGAGAACAUUGGGACAAAUUCAGCACGUUCAACUGUUGGUCACAGUUACUGGAGAUCACACGUAAACAGAGUCAUGACCAUGGAAUACUGGCAGAAAUUUGUGGUUCCCAUGUGUUUAACAGACUGUCAGAAAUACAAGACAAUUCUCAGCGUAUUUUCAAAAAGUGCAGAGAGAUAGGAUCAGAAAGUCAUGAAGAUAUGCUCAAAAUUCUCUAUGAACUACAAAAGGCCAUGAAGACAUAUCAUCAGUAUCAGACAGACAGUAAACAAGCAGAGGAGGGGCUGAAGAAGGUCCAGUCACAGAAAGCCAAGGUCGAGCAACAGCUGUCAGGGAAAUCUCUGUCGGGAAGUCGAAAGUUCAAGAAAAUAGAAAAAUUAGAAGAUGAGAAACAAGAUAAAUACUCUGUGAACAAAUUGAAAGCAUUACAUGCCAGGAACGAAUAUCUACUGAAUAUAGAGGUCGCUAAUGCUGCCAUAAACAAAUAUUUUUCCGAUGAUGUCUCAGAUCUAAUGGAUUGUAUGGACUUUGGAUAUCAUAAUUCUAUACGUGGUACAGUUAUGAUAUACCAGACAGCUCACUGUAACUUGCGUAAUUCUCACACGGCAGCUAUAGAUUCCCUCAAUGAUGUCAUAUCUCAUAUGGACCCCUUGACAGACAAACAGAGAUUCCUUGAGCUCAAUAACCAGGCUUUUAUGUUGCCGAAAAAGUUUGAAUUCCAGUCUUGCCGAGGGGAUGAGGUACGGCAGGUCAGUGCUCAGAAACCAGUACAGGACCAGUUAUUACAAAGUUACAAAUCCUCACAGAGAGUUUUAGAUCAGCUCAAACUUGAUAAUGAUGAGACAUGGAAGUCCCUGGAGGCGACGGAGAAGUCCCUAACAGAACUGAUCAAUAGGAAAGAUAUUGACGUGACAAGUCUGUUCACAGACGAGAAUACACCACCUAGGUCCCCGCAUGAGAGUGACAAAAAAAGGUCUCAGAGGCUGGAAACAGAGGGAUAUUAUCUAAAUAAAUUUAGGUCAUACACACUGAGUAGCAAUCGUAUAGCAAGGUUACAAGCCAAGUACAGUGCCAUUCAGAAAGCUCUAGGUGAGGAUGCAUCAUCUACAGGCAUUAGAAUCAGAAAAGGCUCUCAACAGUUAGUGUUGUCAGAGCUGUGUUCAAGGCUGCGUUUACACAGACCACCAUCACUACCUCCCAAACCAAAGAAGAGAAGAAUCGGUAGAAAUCCUAACAUAGGUCCAGCCAAACUCUUUGGCGGCAAUCUAGAAGAAUAUAUCGAGGCUUCGGGACUUGAGAUUCCGACAGUGAUGAAGAGUUGUAUACGUGUAUUAAACUUGUAUGGCAUGCAUCAUCAGGGUAUCUUCAGAAUCCCGGGCUCACAGGUCGAAAUCAAUGACCUCAAGAAUGCAUUCGAGAAAGGUGAUGAUCCGUUAGCGGAUGAAGAAGAUGCUUGUGAGAAGAUCAACUCGGCAGCUGGCGUGCUCAAAAUGUUUUUCCGAGAGCUCAAACCACCAUUAUUUCCACUCCCGUUGUUUGAUGAGCUGAUAGCUUGCAGUAUGUUAGAUGAACAAGCAAAGAUAGACAAGAUCAAGGAACUACUUCUGUCUCUACCACGACCUAUCAUAAUAGUGAUGAGAUACCUCUUUGCAUUCCUUAAUCAUUUAUCAGAGUAUUCGGACGAGAACAUGAUGGACCCAUAUAAUCUUGCCAUAUGUUUUGGGCCCACAUUGAUCCCUAUACCUCCAGACAGGGACCAGGUCACGUUCCAGACCAAUGUGAAUGAAGUGAUCAAAACUAUCAUCCGUAACCAGGAUGAGAUAUUCCCAAAUGACGGGGGAGAGGUCUAUGAGAAAUGUAUUGUUGACAUGGGACAAGAUUCCCUAGAUGGUAUGGAAGAUGAGGAAGGGGAGAGUUCCAUACAGAGUGAUGAUGAUGAUGAUGAAGAUACUGAAGUGUAUGAGGCAACCGCACUCUAUGACUUCAAAGGUCGAACGGAGCGAGAGUUGUCCUUCAAGAAGGGAGAUAAUCUAGUUCUGUACACAAAGGCCUCGGCAGAAUGGUGGGAAGGAGCAUUUGCGGGAAAGGAAGGUCUUAUUCCAUCUAACUAUGUUGCCAUAAAACAUCAACCUGAAGACAAGAAGAGUAUCUCAUCAGAAGACUCAAAAAGUACUUCAUCGUCUUCGCUACUUUCACUAACAUCGAAAUCCACAGACCAUUUAAGCACACAAUCAGCACCGUGUUUAAAACCUCCUGUCCUCGAGACGGAGAUUAAAGAAACGGAAACUGAUACUGAUACACAUGAGGUUACUGUUACCGUUGGUAACGUAACAAGUUCUGGCCAUAUAAUGAGUCAGUCAAUGUUCACAGACAGUAGUCGUAUGUCAGAUAGUAGAUCAAGUGUUAAAAGUGACCAGGGGCCAAGAUUAAAUCUAGGCCAAGGAGUAGAACUUCUAAAACGUCAACAGUCGAGUCCAGAUCGAACAACAUCAAAUCGCUCAAGUGCAUCGGAAGAGAUAGCAAGUAUGGAUACAGUUUUAGCAGAAAUUAUGUCUGAUGUGAGAUCUUUGGAACUUCAGCAGUCUUCUGAUAAGAGAAUGAGUUUACCGCUACAAAAGUCAAAAGCGGCUUCUAAACAUACUCCAGAUUUGGUGCUUGACCUCCCCGAGGGGUCGAACUCUUCUUCACCGCAAGAUGGCAGUGAUAGAGACAGUCCUAUUAGUGCGGCAGAAACAUUUGCUAAGUCUAAUCAAGGUACAUUGAAAAAAGCGGCUUCGAUGCCACGGAAUAUAUCAAGCUCAGAAGUAUACACAACAGAGAUUCAAAGGACUUCCGAUUCUCUUAUGAAAACAGCACCAAUGAUGUCAACAUUUCAAAACUUGAAAAAAGAUGAAAUAAUGUCAACUUCAGUGCCAUCAACAGGUCGAAAGUUCAGCCUAGAGGAGCAUCAUAUAAAAUCAAUGCAGACUUCACACAUGCACACAUUUUCCCCACCAAUUGCAGAAAAACCCAAACCCCCAAUUAAAGUUAAACCCCCAGUAAUGAAGAAACCAACAACAAGGUCUCCAGACUUGUCAAAAAGAUUAGAAACCAACUUAGAUAAUGUUCCAGCAAAAUCCACUUCUCCGUCAACUUUCAAGUAAAUGUUGAAAGCUAAGGGAGACUACUGUGUUCUAUACUGAUGUUCAGUUCAGCAUUUAUUUAUUGUCAAGCAUUUACUCGUUCUUAUGCAUAAUAGAACUUUCUUACAGAAGUAAAGAAUAAUAAAACAAUGUCAAGUAUUUAGCGAAAUAGUUCAUACAUUCUGGCACAAAGCUUUUAGCGUGCAUAAUUUGCUGUCAUUUGUAAAUACCUCAACAAGUAAACAGGAGUUUUGAAAAAUUACAUUGUAUUAUUAUUCUGGGAAGAAGUCUGUGACAGGACAUUUUACAAAUUUACGUCAGCCAUUUAAUCUACAUGAUAAAUCAGAAAUAAAGAUUGUAUCCAGAUGAUGGCAGUUUCACAGAUAUUUUUCUUUCAUUUAUAGUUAUACAUUAUAUUACCUUUAAACAGCUAUCUUAGUUAUUUUCUACAAGUGUUUGAUACAGAUCUAGUCAAAUAUAUAUGUUGAUGUCAUUAGAUUGUUAUGUCAUAGGACCAGUAAUAGCUCGUAUGUGCAAUAUGUACCAUAGAAAGGCACUUUAGAAGAAUGUAUGAUAAUUAUUUCUUUUAAGCCUGAAAUUUUCAGGACCGGUCUUGAUUUUAGGCUUUUGAAUAUUCCUUUAUAAAUAGAAAAGGAUCUUUUGGGUGUACAUGUAUGUCCUUUAUAAAGAAUCUUUAACCCUUAUCAUGCUGAACACGAUUGAUUCUGCCUUUGGGACCAGUGCAGAUCAUGUAGACAGGGUGUAGUUGUGACCAGAUGCCUGUUUUAGGGUAAAAAGUUGCAGGUCAGAUAUAAAUACAGGUUUUUGGAUAAAAUUUGAGUUAAUUUUUGUUUAGCAAGCCCUUAUUCUUGAAAAUACAUGUUACAUUCUCAUAUGCCUAUGUUUGUCAUUUCAAAGUUAAGUUCAUGAAAAGUUAGCGCAUAUCCCUUGGAUACUAAAAUCUCUAUUUCUUAAGGUAUUGGACCCGUAAUAGAGUAUCUCCUUUUUGAAGAGUGUUCAAUUCCUAUCAUAAACCUACUUUGUCUGCAAUUUUCAGUGGGGCAUAGGUUCAAACCCCACUGGGACCAAAUUUUUUUUCCCAUGUUUUCCUUUUUUUUCUAGUAAGUUUUUACUUCUUUCAAGACUAAUUAUGGACGAAUUGUACAAAAGUGGAAAAAAAAUUUUUUAUAAGCGUUUUUUUGCUGUUCAAUGUGAAUUUACCUCUGAAUCAGGAGGGGUAGAGAUAGACAUCUUUAAAAAUACUGAGUUACGUGCGGUAAAAGUUCUCUAUUUUGCCUUCAUUCUUUAGAUUACAUAUUGUGGAAGAAAUGCAGGUAGGUUUUACUAUUGCCCAAAAGGUUAUUUUUGAAUGAAGUUAGCAAAAUUCAAAACAGACCCACAGGAUUCGACCUUAAUUUUUCAAUGUUGGAGUUAGAAUUCUGUCUCAUUAAAUCUGUUUACUUGAGGCACCCUAGACAAAAAUGAAUUUUACAGUUUUAUUUUGUGUUUUAUAAUUGUUUAACAAUAGUUUGAUGUUUCUUUUAUCAAAAUUAAUUCUAUAAUGAAUUCUCUGCAAACGUUUAAGAUAGUGGCCAUCACAUUGAAUUUUGUCUCUUCUUGAGUGUGAGGAAAUACCAUAAAUUAUACAAGAUUUACAAAAAAACGGCACGGUAAAAGUUGUUUAAAAUUUGCAACACGAUGUGAAACAUGGUCAACUUUAAGAAUAUACCAAGCAAAUGCCAUUUUUUAAACAUUACUAUUAGGGGUCCAAUACCUUAAGACUAAUAAUUGUCAUAGAGUUCUUAUUUACUAAUAACGUUGGAAUAGUUGAGUCCUUACUUUUGUGCUAAAGAAAAUUUCAUUGCAGUUUUCCUUCUAACAUAUUUUUUUAUUAUAUUUAUAUGUCAGUAAGUUUAUACCAGAGGCACUUUUUAAAGUUUUAACAAAAAUUUGGGUAAGUUCAGUCUUUUUUUUAAAAACUAUGAAAAUUGGUAACUGGUUUCAAGUAAGUUUAAGCGUAGGUAUUUACAUUACAGUAGAUCAUGUCAUUUUGGCAUAGGCUUUAUUUACUGAAUUGUUAACCGCUUUAUUUGAAGUAUUUAUUAUUUUGGAAAAAGUUUUUGUUUGUAUUUACAUACACGAUGCAUAUUGAAAUUCAUAAAUAUAUGACCAUUUUGUGUCGAUUUGCCGUAAAACCCAACUCACUCAUUCACUUAUAAAUAUUAGCAAAAAUAAAACCAUGGCAAGUUUUACCCAGUCAUCAGUACCUAUAUAUGCUCAAGGGAACAAAUUGGACUGUACAUGUAUAUCUCAUUGAUUGUUCUAUUUAAUAAAAUUUUAUAGCUUUUUUUUGCAUAAUAAAAGCAUAAUCAAACAGCGUUUUGCACUUUAAGUUUUUUUUUUAUACUUUCUCCGUAGAAAUUUAUUUAUAGGAAUCAAAUACAUAAAAUACAGUAGAGUAGGUGGAAACACACAAAAUAUAUUAGCAUUCUUUGAAAUACUUGCACAUUAUUGUGUAAAUUACAGGCUUAUGCUUUUUAUUUUCUGCAUAGAAACUAUAAAUGUUUGAUAGAAAUAUCUUAGCUUUUUUGUGCAAAAUUAAGGUGGUAGUACAGCAAAAUGGAAACAUGAAAUAGUUAAGUUGCCAAAUCUUCUUGUAUAUUUGGUAUGUUUUUUUUUUUUCCCCAUUAAACUGUUUUUUCUUUAACAUUUGUGUGCGUCAGAACGUUAGAAGUAACUGAUUAGCUAAAAGUACUAGACUGGCUCCCUUGCUGAAUGUUUUUUUUUAUAUAAAUACUGCAAACAUGAUGCAAGUAAUUUGCCACUAAAUCAUUCAUAUGUACAGAGCAAAGGGCAAUAAAAAUGUUAGUUUAGAAACAGUCUGCUAGAGUUACCUCCAAUGUUAAUGAAAAGAAAACAUAUAGAAGGAGUAUGUCAGAACAAACAGGGAUGGGAGCUAGUCUUCUGAAAAUAAAAGUUGAAAAUAAAAUAGAUGUAUCACAGCUGUAGUCUUUAGAAAAUGCCAAAAUAUUCUGUCUGUGGAUUAGUCAGUUUACUGUCAGAUAUACUCACAAAGUCUUCCAUUUUCAGAACAUUGCUGUUAUACUCAGUAGCAUUAUCUAAAACUUUUUUAUUUCAUGUGUUUUAUAGUGUCAUUUUCAUCAUCUAGAAAACCAUUAUAGAUGUAUUUUCUGACAUAUUUAUAGAGAAGCUGUAGACAGUCGGCAGAUCUUUACAAGGUUGCAAAAUUUAAAACUGCAAAAGUGUCUACAAAAAUGAAAUAAUAAAUUAAUAUUUUUUAACUAAAAGCCAAAUUUUGCUGUAAGUUGAGGAACUGUGUAAGGUAUUUUUAACACUAUUUAAAGUCUUUGAUACUUUCUACAUGUCAUAUACCAGUACAGAUCACAGAAAUUUACAGAAUGUCUUACAAGUCGAGAUUACCAGAUUGCCUUUCUGGAAAACCUUUCAGUUAGCUUAAGACAAAACUAUUAUUAAAGUAUGUUGAUCCCACGGUAAUGCUGGCUUUAUGGUUAUCUGAAUGCAAGUACCCCUGAAGUUAUUUCUCCUCCACCUCUGAUCCAUGUGGGGAAGUUUUCAUUUACUUGAUGAGAACAAGUUGGUAGUGAUUCUAAACAUUGGUUAGUUUCGUGGAGUGUCUUGUAAACUGAAAAACUAUUUAAAGAUAAAAACAACAAACCAGUGAUGGAAUCACUGUGGUAAAAUGGCAUUCAGUAUCAGAUGAUCAAUCUUAUAAAUUGGUCAUGUGAAGAAAUAUGUUAUGUUUGUGUAGAUACUGUAUAUAUUUGAAAGAAAAUGUGCAAUCUCAUGUGUUAUAUUUUAUAUCUCUCUUUUCUUUAUGUCUCCUACAGUUAUAUCUUAAACAAGAGUUUUGCCUCUAUAUACUGAUUAUAUAAUCAUCAAUUUUCGUUACUUAGAAACAGAAUUCCUGUUGUUAUAUCCUGUAAUUUCCAAGAAAAAAAGUAAAUGUUUCAUGACAGUUGUAUGAAAAGAUCAAAAUCAGGAUUUAUUUUUCAGAUUGAAUUUGUGUGCGCUACCAUUUGAAAGGUAGGCUUGGUUCCUACAUUAUUUUGGUUAACCUGUCAUUUUCAUGCUGAAUAAUUGAUAUAAAGAAGUGGCAAUAAGGUGUAUUUUUCUUGUUAUUGAUAGGAUAGGCAUGUCUUUCUACUUCUUCCACAUUGCAAAAAGUAAAAAUAGUUUUGAUGUUACAGGUUUUCUUAUUAAUGAUAAUUGAAUUGAUCUUAUCACAUUAGGCCUAUCAGGACAUAAAAUAUGUUUUCUACAAAGUAGUUUUUAUCUUUAGCCCCCUCUGGCUUUUUAGAAGGAUUACAGUGUUGAUAUACAAUUGUAUUUUAGAUAUUUAUUAUAUUUUUACAGUUGUUAAUGGAUUUAAAUGUUAUUUCGUCUUAUACACAGUAACAUCGUUACAUUCAUAUCUGCACUAAAUGCUUUUAACAUUGUACAAAUCUGAAAUGUAUUUAACCUUUAGCUUGCUGGCAGCAAGUGAUUCUGCCUUUGGGACCAGUGCAGAACAAGAUCAGCCUGCACAUCUGUGUGGGAUCAUGGUCUGCACUGUUCAAUAUUCAGUCAACAAAUUUUUUGCAAACACCCCUUCGAAUGAGAAACGAUAUUGCCCAAAUUGAAUGAUGGACCAGUCCAUUUUAGAAAUUCAGCAAGGUAAUUUAAAAGUUAAUUUUUAGACAUCAACAAUCUGAUAAAAUUAUUGCAGAUUUCCUAUUAUAGCACAGAAACUUCAGCAUGUAUGUGAAUGAAAUUUAUGUAGUAACUUCAGUUAAAGGGACAUAACUCCAGAUUUGUUACUACUACAUAAUCCAGCCCAUGCCUUAAACCAGGGCAUUAUUGGACAGGUUUAUAAUGACCAGGCAUGAUGAGAAACACACAGAUUUUACAGGUAUUGCCCGGUCUAAUACAACCCAUGAUGUAAAUUCUACAAUGCAUCUCGGCGUUACGUAUCUAAAAUACUGUUGAAAAAUGGCAUUUAAACAAAACAUCUACAGCAAUGCAACAAAUUUCAAUUAGAAUGCAAACUGGUAUUAGAUUUGUACAAUGUUAAAGGUAUCCUAUGCUCCUGUAUAAACUGUUUGCACCGUAUGUAUAUAUUCAUUAGAUACAAAAAGACUGUAGAUAUUUACUCUAGAUUAUGUUACUCUUGAAUGUAACAAUCGUGCUAAAAUCUCAUCCAUGUAUAUGGAGAAUAAAAACAGACCAUCAACUAAAAUAA